UGCAGUUACCGAAUCCGCUAGCUAGUUUACCCGGAGAGGAGGCUAGCUGGUUAGCCGUGUAAACGACCUAGUGCAUAACUGCGAGCGUUACAUCACGGUGGGUUCUUGUCCCACCUGUGAGGAACAACGCGGAGCAGUCAGUCCCGGUGGUCAGUUACUGUGACACGAGCAGGACACGCUGAUCUCUCACUGAAAUAACAAAACUAUAGCAGCGGUGACUUUGACGGUCAGUUGUUCCCGAGGAGGAGGCUGGUCUGUGUUUCUUCGUACCUUGGGGUUUAAGCCAAAAGAGGAGUGAUGUCCUGCCCAUGCACCUCGGCUGCCCGGUUGUUCCUUAACACUGCACACAGAGGAUUGUCCUGCUCCCGCUUUCAGCUCUUUUCUCUGAGUCGUCAGGGGUCUCGGGAAGCACAUGUACCUCUCCAGGUGCGGGUGAGGUCUUUUUCAGAGACUUCUGUCUGCUUUGCUGCUAAAGAUGGGACAACAAAGGACAAUGGGAGUGAUGGAAAGAAAAGCAUCAGUGAAGGGAAGAGACUUUCUGGUUCUGGAGGAUCAGGAAAGGGGGGAAGUCAGCUACGCUGCCCUAAAUGUGGAGAUCCAUGCACGCACGUAGAGACCUUUGUAUCAUCAACACGGUUUGUCAAAUGUGAGAAAUGCCAUCACUUUUUCGUGGUUCUGUCUGAAACGGACUCUAAGAAGGGGCUUAACAAAGAACCAGAAUCUGCUGCAGAGGCUGUGAAACUGGCAUUUUCCCAGAAACCUCCCCCUCCCCCCAAGAAGAUAUUUGCUUAUCUCGACAAAUACGUUGUGGGCCAGUCCUAUGCAAAGAAGGUGUUAGCAGUCGCCGUGUACAACCAUUACAAGCGCAUCUACAACAACAUUCCUGCUGGGAGUCGACAGCAGGCUGAGGUGGAAAAACAGCCCUCUCUAACACCUCGUGAACUAGAGAUGAGAAGACGAGAGGAUGAAUACAGAUUCACAAAGCUGCUGCAGAUCGCAGGGAUCAGUCCUCAUGGAAACGCUCUGGGGGCAUCAAUGCAGCAGCAGGCGAGCCAGCAGGCACCUCAGGAGAAGAGGGGCGGAGAGGUCCUGGACUCCACACACACCGAAAUUAAACUGGAGAAGAGCAACAUCAUACUUCUAGGCCCAACUGGCUCCGGAAAAACAUUAUUAGCACAGACUCUGGCUCGUUGUCUGGAUGUUCCCUUUGCAAUUUGCGAUUGCACCACACUAACUCAAGCUGGAUACGUGGGAGAAGACAUUGAGUCGGUCAUCGCUAAACUGCUGCAGGAUUCCAACUACUCUGUGGAGAAGGCACAGCAAGGUAUUGUGUUUCUGGACGAGGUGGACAAAAUUGGCAGUGUGCCUGGAAUCCAUCAGCUGAGGGAUGUAGGUGGAGAGGGAGUCCAGCAGGGUUUGCUUAAACUGUUGGAGGGCACGAUUGUCAAUGUUCCUGAAAAAAACUCCAGGAAGCUGAGAGGAGAAACAGUUCAGGUCGACACGACAAACAUCCUGUUUGUUGCAUCAGGUGCCUUCAAUGGACUUGACAGAAUCAUCAGCAGAAGAAAGAAUGAAAAGUAUUUGGGUUUCGGAACUCCUUCCAACAUGGGGAAAGGGCGUCGUGCAGCGGCUGCAGCAGACUUGGCCAACAGCAGUGGUGAGACGGACACUGUGCUAGAGAUCGAGGAGAAGGACAGGCUGCUGAAGCUCGUUGAGGCCAGGGACCUGAUCGAGUUUGGAAUGAUCCCAGAGUUUGUGGGUCGUCUUCCCGUGGUCGUUCCUCUGCACAGCCUGGAUGAAGAGACGCUAGUCCGAAUCUUGACUGAACCACGCAACGCUGUAGUGCCCCAAUACCAGGCUCUUUUCAGCAUGGACAAAUGUGAACUCAAUGUGACUACGGGUGCCCUGCAGGCCAUAGCCAGGAUGGCUCUGGAGAGAAAAACAGGAGCUCGGGGGCUCAGAUCCAUCAUGGAAAAGCUCCUUCUCGAGCCCAUGUUUGAGGUGCCACACUCUGACAUCAUGGCUGUUGAGCUAAACAAGGACAUUGUCCAAGGAAAAGCCCUUCCCAGAUAUAUCAGAGCUCCAGCCAAGGAGACUUCAGAGGAGGAAUACGACUCGGGCAUCGAGGAGGAGAACUGGCCUCGGCAGGCGGAUGCUGCUAACAACUGAAACACAUGUCACUCAUUUCAGCUAAAGACGGAGCUGGCUGAAAUUAUUCGAUUACUCUGAACCCUUGGAUACCACCGGUUGGUUUCAUUCUAGCCCCUGUCAUACAGUCUGUGGACAUUGUGUAGAGGUACUUAAGGCUGCUGGUUCUCAGUAAGGAGUGAUUUCAUGAUGAACAAGUUAAUAGUGUAACAACCUUUGGUCCUGUGCAUCAGAUGUUAAUUCUCUAGUCGUGCACCAACAUGGUGGACCUUUAUCAAAAUAUUUCAAUCUCUGGGGAUUGUUAACAUUUUAUCUAUAUAAAGAUAAUGCUAUUUUAUUCAUGAAAGGAUGUGUAGCUAGAUUGCUGUUUUCUCCUCGUGUGGUGACGGGCUGUAAUAGCAGAGGAAACAAUGGGAUCACACUGUACAACGUGGGCUGCUGAGAAAGCUUAGAUGUGAUGUCACCAUGUCAAGUAACGCCUUAUGUCAAAAGUGCAUAAUAUUCCACAAGCUUAUCAAUAUUUUUGAUGUUUUUUCUUUACCACCAUUGUAAUAAUGGUGCUCACCGUGAAAUCAGGCUGUAAAUGUUGAGCUACAUUGCUUAGGUAGCAUUUGUAAGCAGUUUGUAUGACAUGGCCUCUAAUUAGGAGAAUUUAAUAUGAAUUGAAAUUCACCAGCACACUAAACACAGCAGGUAAAAAAACAUAAUGGUGACUUUUUAAACAGGCAGAAUGGUUAUUUUUCAGUGGUCACUUUCUUCUCCCGCCCCCCUGUUAGGGAAUGUACAUGUGUUUAUUUGCAGAGCUCCGUUUUCACAGGACUAGUUCAGAUCGCUGGAAAAGCCAGAUUAUCAGGUUAUUUUGAGAACUCAAAAAGUGUUAUUGAAAUAUCCUCUGAUAUUGUUUUUUUUUCGUUUUUAUGUUGUGUAGAAAGCUAUCCUCCAGUAUUCAUGACUGAAACAUAUUCCUAAACCGGAUAUUUAAUUCAGAAUUUUCCAGAUUAAAAUCUUUACCAGACAAAUGGUCCUGCCUCCACUGCUUUGACAAAUACUCUCACAACAGCAGUUAGUAGUGAUGUCAUAUCCUGUUAUUGAAUGACAACUCGAAUCACAUGUCUAAAGGCUCUCUGACAGACCCACUGUACUCUUCAUGCUUUCUGUGCCACAGAAUGAGAUUAAACUAGAUCUGUUCUCCUUUUUCUUUAAGUUUUCUUUUUCCUCCAGAACUGCUUUUUUUUCCGUUUUCAGAGGUCUGUUUAAGAACCUGUAAACAUCCUAAGUUUGUGACUCUUGAGAAAUUCUUGUAAUUGUUAAAAAUUUAAAUAAAAUGUGUAUCUCUGUACAGAA